GUCCGAACUACCGGAGGUUCGAUAAAGAAUAAGAAAAGGCAAAAGAAAGAAAUAAGACCUUCGUGAUUCGUGAUAGUGAAGGAAGGAAACAAUAUUUUGAGACAAAAAAGGCAUACCUUUAAGCAGAAAUUAAUACGAGUACAAAAAAAUCCUUCGUAAAAUUAGUGUUUCUACCCUUUUAUAACUCUCCUUUUUUCCAUUAGUUUUUUCUUAGAUUCCUUGACUCACCCAUCCUUAUCAUUACUACUUGUUCAAUCCUCCUUACAUUAAAAAUCAGCUUUUCUAUACCCACUUCUUCUUUUCUCCAACAAAUUUCUCUUCUUUCCAAAUUUUUUCUUUUCCACAGUAUUUUUUCUUACUUUAGCUUCAAUCUCAGGAAAUCAAGCUCUCUUUAAUCCAACAUUAACAAAAUAAAAAGUAAUCUUUGCUUAGCAAAGUUACUACCCAUGCAUGAAUAAUCACUACCAUAUUGCUUGAAAAGUGCAAAUCUCCAUUGUUAUAUUAUGCAAUUAUUGAGAUGAUGCCAGAAAAAUUGAUUAACUCGGUAACUCAAUGGCCGAUUCUGAGGCUGACUCGCCGAGUUGGGAUUAUAGUAUCUGUGUCUUUGUUAGCUUUGUUGCUGGUUUGGAGCAUUGAUCAAUCUACAGUUACAUUUGUCUUAGAUAUUUGGAGGUACCCAAGAGAAUCUAUUGCUCAUACACUUGAUAAUUCUCCAAAUUUUACUGUUUCAUGCUCUCAGAAUUCCCAAAAUUCAACAUUAUAUACUGAAUUUAAUGGUACCUAUGUGAAUUUUGUUAAUGGUACCAACGUUGGGUUGCCUAGAACUGAAAACCUAGAUGAGAUUUUGUAUAAUCCAUGCCAGAAUGAUGUCAAUAUUUCAUCUGGGUUAGAGCAAAGUAUAGGUGUGCCUCAUGAACAAUCAGAGAGGGAUUCGGAUCAGGUUUCAGGUGAAAUUGAUCCGAAAGACGAAAUAACAAACCGGACCUAUGGGUUGGAUUGGGUUUCAGUUGAGUUGGAGCAGAAUUUUAGCUCAAAUCUUUUAUCUAGGUGGUUGACACCAGGUGGUGAGCCUUGCAAAGAUUCGAGAACAGUUGACAUAGAAUUUGUUAACUUUGAUGAUGAAAAACCACCUGUGUUAUCAACUGGGAAUGCUCAUGAGGUGGUUUUUCGAGCAUUGGAUGAGUCAGGCAACCCUCGUUGUCUUGGUGAUGAUUAUUUUGAGAUUGAUUUGUCUAGUGAAUUGUGGAAAUCGCGGCCACCCACCAAGGAUUUGGGUAAUGGUACUUACUCAGUCACUCUCCAAGUUCAUCCUGACUUUGCUGGCACUUAUAAUCUCACCAUCUUCCUACUUUUCCGGCAUUUUGAUGGGCUCAAGUAUUCAACUGCUAGAUUUGGUUAUGAUAAACAGCUUCGACAAAUUCCUGUUACAUUUUCUAAAUCUGAAGCUACAUUGCCUGAAUUGCAUGUGUGUAGAAAAUCUGAUUUCGACAGAGAUGUUUGGACAGGGAGGUGGACAAGGCAUGCUAAAAAUGAUGCUUGUGAAAUAAGCAAUGAUGGGCGGUAUAGGUGCUUGGAACCUGACUAUCCUUGCACCAACCCAUGGUGCAAUGGUUCAUUGGGAAUGCUAGAGAGCAAUGGCUGGGUCUAUUCCGCCCAUUGUUCCUUUAGCUUGCUUUCAACUGAUGAUGCUUGGAAUUGCUUAAACAACAGGUGGCUUUUCUUCUGGGGCGACUCAAAUCAUGUUGAUACAAUUCGCAACAUUUUGUUCUUCUACCUCCGUGUGCCAUACCAAGAACUAGAUGUAGUCUCUAGGCAUUUUGACAAGAUUUUUACAAACCCUAAAGAUGAGUCACAGUCUGUUAGAAUUACCAACAUCUUCAACGGUCAUUGGAAUAUGACCAAGAAUUAUCAGGGCCUGAAUUCGCUGUCGGAUGAAGGAUACCGGGAUUUACUGAAGAGCUUUUUCAAUGGUUCUACUGUGCCUGACACUAUUAUAUUCAAUUCAGGUUUACAUGAUGGAAUUUUUUGGCGUAAUGUCAGGAGAUUUAUUCGUGGGGCAGAAGAUGCAGCUUCAUUCUGGAAAGAGAUAAUCGAAGGAGUGAAGAAGAACAAUUUAACAGUAUCGAAUUUUAUUUUCAGGUCAACAAUCACUACAGGAGGAUAUGCUCGCAUUCUUCAAUUCAAUCCUAGUAAAUUGGAGGCGUUUAAUGGCAUCCUUCUCGAGAAACUGAGGGCAGCGGGCUUGGUUACAGGGGUUAUAGACGACUUUGACAUGACAUGGGCAUGGCAUUUUGAUAAUAGAUGCAACGACGGUGUACACUAUGGAAGAUUUCCAGCUAAAAUGAAAUGGAGAGAUGGAAAGAUUGGGCAUCAGUAUUUUGUCGAUUUGAUGCUCGGUCAAGUUCUGUUCAACGCAAUAUGUGCAAGAUGACAGUUUCUGUACCAGAUUAAUUCUUUUUCAGCCCAGAUUUCAUUACAUGGAAAAAGGGUAGAAACGAUUGGUAGAUAGCAAGAGUACAUUUGUAUUGUUCAUAGUAUUAAUUAGUAUAUUACACACUUCAAUAUAUUUGUAUUGUUUGGAGAGAAACAGCGUUUAUGCCAUUUUUUUCCACUUGAGUAAGAGCAUACAUUUCAUUCUUUA